GGCUGCAGCAGGUCGCGGCGGACUGCGUCUCCGAGGAUCUUGCUCUUGGCCGUGUGAGCAGGAGCCCACCACCCCCAGCCAGGUGAAGGAAACACUCCUGGCCAGAUGUCUUAAGGGAUGCUGCUGGAAAGGACGGAGGUGGACAAAAUUAUUACAGACUGAGAAGCAAGUUGGUUUUGGGGGAACCAUACUCUGAGGAUGUUGUUUGCGUUUGGUUAACAAGAGGAAAUACAGCUCUAGAAGAAGCCUUUGUAAAUAACAAUGUAAUUAGGUUUACAGCAGUCUUUCUGGUGAGACUUGGAGCUCCUUGCCUUGGCAGACAUGAGUGACCCCAGGCAGUCACAAGAAGAAAAGCACAAACUCGCCAGAGCCUCUUCAAAGUUCAAGGAUCCUCCCCGAAUCAUGCAGUCAGAUGAUUAUUUUGCUCGAAAAUUUAAAGCCAUCAAUGGCAACAUGGGACCCACCACUUCUCUAACUGCCUCCAGUUCCAACGAGAGUGGUGGUCCAGCUAAUGGUACCCCGGCCGUGCCCAAGAUGGGUGUGAGAGCAAGGGUGUCUGAGUGGCCUCCUAAAAAGGACUGCUCCAAGGAACUGACCUGUAAGACCCUAUGGGAAAGCCGAUCCCAGACCAGCUAUGAAAGCGUCACAUCCAUUAUACACAAUGGGCAAAAUGAUGGGAGCGAUGGCCAACAGGAGGAGCCGCUCGAUCUGGACUUUGUGGAGGCAAAGUAUACCUUCGGAGACAUCUUUGUGCACUCCCCACAAAGAGGACUGCACCCCAUAAGACAGAGAAGCAAUAGUGAUGUUACCAUCAGUGACAUUGACGCAGAAGACGUCUUAGACCAAAAUGCAGUGAACCCCAACACAGGGGCUGCCCUUCACAGGGAGUACGGAAGCACAUCAUCCAUCGACCGACAGGGCUUGUCGGGGGAGAACUUUUUUGCUAUGCUUCGAGGGUAUCGGCUGGAGAACUAUGACCAUAAGGCCAUGGCCCCUUUUGGGUUCCCCGAGUUCUUCCCCUGCGACCCAGCGAUCUCCCCCAGCCUUCACGCUGCAGCACAGAUUUCUAGAGGCGAGUUCGUACGCAUCUCAGGAUUAGACUAUAUGGACAGUGCCCUCCUCCUGGGGCGAGACAGGGACAAGCCUUUCAAACGGAGGUUGAAGUCAGAGUCAGUGGAAACGUCCCUCUUCCGCAAGCUGCGGGCCGUGAAAAGUGAGCAUGAGACGUUCAAGUUCACCUGCGAGCUGGAAGAUGGGCGUCUUGAGCGGGGGGUCCGCCCUUGGAACUGCCAGCGCUGUUUUGCACACUAUGAUGUCCAGAGCAUCUUGUUCAACAUCAACGAAGCCAUGGCCACGCGGGCGAACGUGGGCCGGAGGAAAAACAUCACCACCGGGGCCUCGGCGGCAUCCCAGACUCAGAUGCCAGCCGGCCCGCCGGGCAGCUGUGACUCCCCGCUGGGGAGCAAGGAGGACCUCAACUCCAAGGAGAACCUCGACGCUGAUGAGGGUGAUGGGAAGAGCAACGACCUGGUCCUCAGCUGCCCUUACUUUCGGAAUGAGACAGGUGGGGAAGGCGACCGGAGGAUUGCCCUGUCCAGGGCCAGCUCGUCGUCCUUCAGUUCUGGGGAGAGCUGCUCCUUCGAGUCUUCGCUCAGCUCUCACUGUACCAACGCAGGCGUGUCGGUCCUGGAGGUGCCCAGGGAGAACCAGCCCAUCCACAGGGAGAAGGUGAAGCGUUAUGUCAUUGAGCACAUCGACCUGGGGGCCUACUACUACCGCAAGUUCUUCUACGGCAAAGAGCAUCAGAACUACUUUGGAAUCGAUGAGAACCUUGGCCCUGUGGCAGUCAGCAUCCGGAGGGAGAAGGUGGAAGACCCCAAGGAGAAGGAAGGGUCCCAGUUCAACUACCGGGUGGUCUUCAGGACAAGUGAGCUGACGACGCUGCGAGGAGCAAUUUUGGAAGAUGCCAUACCCUCCACCGCCAGGCAUGGGACUGCACGCGGCCUCCCGCUCAAAGAAGUUCUGGAAUACGUCAUUCCUGAGCUCAGCAUCCAGUGCCUGAGGCAGGCCUCCAGCUCACCCAAGGUCUCGGAGCAACUGCUCAAGCUCGAUGAGCAAGGGCUGAGCUUUCAGCACAAGAUCGGGAUCCUAUACUGCAAGGCCGGCCAGAGCACCGAAGAGGAGAUGUACAACAAUGAGACGGCAGGGCCAGCUUUUGAAGAGUUCCUGGAUCUGCUGGGCCAGAGAGUGCGGCUGAAGGGGUUUAGUAAAUACCGAGCCCAGCUGGACAACAAAACGGAUUCUACGGGAACGCACUCGCUGUACACCACAUACAAGGACUACGAGCUCAUGUUCCACGUGUGCACCAUGCUCCCCCACACGCCGAACAACAGGCAGCAGCUCCUGCGGAAAAGACAUAUAGGAAAUGACAUCGUGACCAUUGUCUUCCAAGAGCCCGGAGCACUUCCUUUUACUCCGAAAAGCAUCCGGUCCCACUUUCAACACGUCUUCGUCAUCGUCAAAGUACAUAAUCCAUGUACCGAAAACGUGUGUUACAGCGUUGGGGUUUCUAGGUCGAAAGAUGUGCCACCAUUUGGUCCACCAAUUCCCAAAGGUGUAACUUUCCCCAAGUCAGCAGUAUUUCGGGACUUCCUUUUGGCGAAAGUCAUCAACGCAGAAAACGCAGCCCACAAGUCGGAGAAGUUUCGAGCAAUGGCCACUCGGACGAGGCAGGAGUACUUGAAGGACCUGGCGGAGAACUUUGUCACAACUGCCACCGUCGAUACCUCCGCAAAAUUCAGCUUCAUCACUCUGGGCGCCAAGAAGAAGGAGAAGGUGAAGCCCAGGAAGGAUGCCCAUCUGUUCAGCGUGGGAGCCAUCAUGUGGCACGUUGUGGCGAGAGACUUUGGCCAGUCUGCGGACAUCGAGUGUCUCCUUGGGGUUUCUAAUGAGUUCAUAAUGCUGAUCGAGAAGGAUUCCAAGAACGUGGUCUUUAACUGUUCCUGCAGGGAUGUCAUCGGGUGGACAUCUGGGUUAAUGAGCAUCAAGGUGUUUUAUGAACGAGGAGAAUGCAUCCUUCUGUCCUCAGUGGACAGCUGUGCUGAAGACAUCAGGGAGAUUGUCCAGCGCCUGGGCAUCGUGACCAGAGGCUGCGAGACCGUGGAAAUGACCCUGAGGAGGAACGGGCUGGGCCAGCUAGGCUUCCACGUGAACUUCGAGGGAAUCGUGGCAGACGUGGAACCUUUCGGUUUUGCGUGGAAGGCCGGCCUUCGCCAGGGUAGCCGCCUCGUGGAGAUCUGCAAGGUGGCCGUGGCCACACUGACCCACGAGCAGAUGAUCGACCUUCUCCGGACCUCAGUGACUGUGAAGGUGGUCAUCAUCCAGCCCCAUGAUGACGGCUCACCUCGGAGAGGGUGUUCGGAGCUCUGCCGGAUCCCCAUGGUGGAGUACAAGCUCGACAGCGAGGGUGCCCCCUGCGAGUACAAGACUCCUUUCCGGAGGAACACCACGUGGCACCGCGUGCCCACGCCCGCCCUGCAGCCCCUGCCCAGGGUCUCCCCGGUGCCCGGCACGCCCGACCGGCUGCAGUGCCAGCCCCUGCUCCCGCAGGGCCAGGCCGCCAUCCCCCGCAGCACCUCCUUCGACCGGAAGCUGCCCGAUGGUACCAGAAGCUCGCCCAGCAACCAGUCAUCGUCCAGCGACCCCGGACCCGGCAGCAGCGGACCCUGGAGGCCACAAGCUGGAUACGACGGGUGCCAAUCUCCCCUGCUGCUGGAGCACCAGGGCUCCGGCCCUUUGGAGUGUGACGGGGCCAGGGAGCGGGAGGACACCGUGGAAGCAAGCAGACACCCCGAAACCAAAUGGCAUGGCCCGCCUUCCAAAGUCCUGAGCUCCUAUAAAGAAAGAGGCCUGCAGAAAGACGGAGGUUGCAAGGAUUCUCCCAAUAAGCUUUCUCACAUCGGAGAUAAAAGCUGCUCCAGCCACUCCAGCAGCAACACGCUGUCCAGCAACACCUCCAGCAACAGUGACGACAAGCACUUUGGGUCUGGGGACCUCAUGGAUCCCGAGUUGCUGGGGCUGACGUACAUCAAGGGGGCCUCCACGGACAGCGGCAUCGACACUGCCCCGUGCAUGCCCGCUGCAGUCCUGGGCCCCGUGCACCUGGCGGGCAGCCGGUCCCUGGUCCACGGGCGGGCAGAGCAGUGGGCCGACUCCGACAUCCCGGGGCCCGACGAUGAGCAGGCCAAGAUGUACGCGGUCCAUGGCUAUGCGCCUGGCAUCUCCACCAGUGGUGCUGCUGACGGCAGCCUGGGCGACCUCAGCGAGAUUUCGUCCCACUCCAGCGGCUCACACCACUCAGGAAGCCCCUCGGCUCACUGUUCGAAAAGUAGCGGGUCUCUGGAUACGUCCAAAGUCUACAUCGUAACUCACGGCAGUGGUCAACAGCCCCCAGGGUCCAUGUCCAAGCCCUACCACAGGCAGGGGGCAGUGAACAAGUACAUCAUCGGCUGGAAGAAAUCGGAAGACAGCCCACCCCCUGAGGAGCCUGAAGUGGCUGAGUGUCAGGGGCUGUACAGUGAGAUGGACCUGCUGUCCUCGGCCGCUCAGCAGCAAGCAGUGGUGGGAGACGCUGUCUCAGAAACUCAGCACGUGCUCUCGAAAGAAGACUUCCUGAAACUGAUGCUUCCUGACAGCCCCUCGGUGGAGGAGGGGAGGAGGAAGUUCUCGUUCUGUGGGAGCCUGUCUCCACGGCGCGCGCUGUACCGCACCCUCUCGGACGAGAGCAUCUGCAGCCACCGCAGGGACUCUUCCUUCGGCAGCUCCCGCAGCUCCAUCCUUGACCAGGCGCUGCCCAACGACAUCCUGUUCAGCACCACCCCGCCCUACCGUAGCACCCUGCCGCCCCGGACCCAGCCUGCGCCCAGUAUGGGGAGCCUGCGCAAUGAGUUCUGGUUCUCUGAUGGGUCCUUAUCGGAUAAGUCCAAGUGCGCAGAUCCUGGCCUGAUGCCCCUGCCAGACACGGCCACAGGGUUAGAUUGGACCCACCUCGUGGAUGCUGCCCGAGCAUUUGAAGGUCUUGACUCAGAUGAAGAACUUGGGCUGCUCUGUCAUCACACAUCCUAUCUAGACCAGAGAGUGGCAUCCUUCUGUACCCUGACAGACAUGCACCCCGAGCAGGACCUGGAAGGGGCCCAGGAGCUGCCUUUGUGUGUCGAUCCUGGCAGCAGCAAAGAUUUCAUGGACCCAGCUGGGGAGCGAUCUCCAUCCACACUGACUGGGAAAGUCAACCAACUGGAGUUGAUUCUUCGGCAGCUGCAGACAGAUCUUCGGAAGGAGAAGCAGGACAAGGCAGUGCUACAGGCGGAGGUCCAGCACCUGCGGCAGGACAACCUGCGGCUGCAGGAGGAGUCGCAGACAGCUGCGGCCCAGCUGCGCAAGUUCACAGAGUGGUUCUUCAACACCAUCGACAAGAAGCCGUAACCAGGCCGCCACCCACCUAGGGACCCUGGGGAAGCCCGGAGUCCCUUCAUAGUCGCCAACAUGUGGUUUCUUGCUGUGCUUCUGGCCCAUCGUAGCUGUGUUUGCUGUCCCGCUCUGUCUAGCGCCAUGCCCCCAGCAGGACAGGGAGCCACCGUGUGACCGCAGAGAGCAACACCCGUGAAGAUGAAUGUAACGCUGGUGUCGAGAUGAAUGUAAACUCUGGUGUCAGUGUGGACCUUUCAGGCUCUGCUGAAAUGGAGCUCUGUGUGGGCUUACCUCACAAGGGACGAUGGUUGUU